AUGGAACUGCUAGAAACUCGAGCUCGCGCUCCUGGAAACUUGCCAAAGAGGCGAAGAACUCGGCAUUUCUAUGCCAAAUCCUUGGUUAGAGUGACCACCAUCGACGAGGGAAGAGAUUUACACGUCCAAAUCGUCCGCGAUGGCUACUCUCGCGAGAGAUUCCUCGCAAACUUGCUGAUCGAAAUGUAUGGCAAGUUUGGGGAUCUUGCGAACGCACAGCAAGUUUUUGACGAGAUCAAUGAUCCCAAUCUCUUCUCCUGGACGAAUCUUAUCGUUACCUACGCCCACAACGGCGAUUGCGAGACAUCCAAAGGAGUUUUCGAUAGGAUGCCCGAGAGGGACAGGGUAUCCUGGACUGCGAUGCUCAAGGCAUAUGCCACGAAUCGCCAACUUGACGCAGCAAAGAUCCUGUUUGAAAAGAUGCCUUCUUGGGACGUCGUUUCCUCCACAGUGAUGAUCCAAGCAUAUUCUUUGGAAGGGUAUAUCAGCGAAGCAAAGAGAAUCUUUGGCUCCAUCCCCGAGGUGAAUCUAGUCCCUUGCACGGUUAUGCUGCGAGCAUAUGCCCAUACUGGGAAUAAUCGCGAGGCAAAAGCCAUGUUUGACAAAAUGCCGGUCAAAGACAUUGUCACGUGGACUGAAUUAAUCUCAUCUUACGCUAAUUGUGGAGACAUUUUUAGCGCAACACAAACCUUUGACAGAUGCCCCGAAAGAAAUGUUAUUAUUUGGAAUGCUCUUAUCUCGGGAUAUGCCUUGAAAGAGCAUAUGAAAGAUGCCAAGGAGAUCUUUGAUGCCAUGCCCGAGUGGAGCUUAGUUACGUGGACAUUAAUGUUAAAUGGCUACUUAGACUGCGAGAGUUUAGAGGAAGCCAAGUGUCUGUUUGACUCUAUGCCCGAGCAUGAUGUUAUUCUCUGCAAUUCCCUCAUAGCGGCAUAUUCAAAGGCAGGGUACCCCACAGAUGCCGAAAGAAUCUUCCAGACGAUGCCCGAGCACAGCAUUCUCUCCUGGACCGCCAUGAUGGCCGCCUUCGGGCAAAGUCAGCUCGUCCGCCUCGCGGAGUCAACUAUGGUCAACGCUCCCGAGCGUGGCACAGUGGUGUUGACGUCCAUGGUCGGGGCAUUUGCUGGAGCUGGAUGCAUUGCCCAGGCAAGAUCAUUGUUUGACACCGUCCUAGAGCGCGACACCAUCGCCUGGAACACCAUGAUCCUAGCCUACGCUCGCAUGGGUCUCGCAAAAGAGGCGCUGGAUCUCUUCUACGAGAUGGAGAUCGAGAGUGGCGAUCCCAACGCUGUCUCCUUCCUCGGCGUCUUGAUUGCGAACAACCAUCUCGGCCUCUUCAACGAGGCAUUGCGCAAUCUCGCGACGAUGAAUCGCGAUCACGGAGUCACGCCCUGCGUGGAGCACUUGUGCUGCAUCAGCGAUCUCCUGGGAAGAUCUGGGCUGAUCGAGAGCGUGGAGGAACUGAUCCAUGGAAUGCCCUGCCUCGCGGAGAAUCGCGUUGCUUGGGGAAGCCUGUUUGGCGCUUGCCAGAUCCAAUCCUCCAGUGGCGAGAUCAAAGCGCGAGCCGCCAAGCAAGUGUGGAAGUUGUACGGCAGACCACGGUGGAAGUUGUACGGUAGAGCACGCCUAGAUCGGACGGUAGAUUCGCAAGGAGUAUGA